UGCUCGUCUGACCUGCACAGCUCGGAUGCUGCUUCCUCCAUCUGCUCCCUCGUGAAGUGGGCUCCGGUCUUCCUCAGCAGCCUCACCACUUCCUUGUGCCUAAACAAGAUGAAAAUGGCAGUCUGUCAGCGUCAGACUCGGAGGCGGACUCGGCGGGUAUCAUCUGAAUGGAGCAGACAGUAGGAAGUGGCCCCUGAUUCAGUUCCACACCUUUCCGUUGUAGCAGCAGCAGCAGCAGUGCGGGUAGCUCCAGCUAAAGGAGGAAGACAACACCUCACACAAUAUAUCGACUCUGGGGUGUGACCAGAGUUUGGUGAGCGGAAUAUUUCUGCCCAUGGACUAGCAGGGCUAAUUGUAUGCAUCGUGGUGAGGUUUCCCCCGGUGUGAGCCGACGUAGAGCCGCUGUCAGCGGUGGAAAGAACAAGGGCGCAGCCGGUGAGGAGGAGCGCCACAUCCCAACACCGGAGGAAAUUCUCUUCAAGUAUCGCGGCUUUUGUCGGCGGUCCCAUUUAACUACAAAGUGAAUCUUCUAUGCAGUUCCCAGUCACCGCGGCCUUUAUUCAGCCCAUAUGUUUAUGUUCAUUUUUUUAUACUGAACAAUGAACCUCCCUCAACAGCUGCUGCCAACUUGUUAGUCCUAUGGUGUCAUGCUGUGUGUAGGCCAAGAAGAUAUCAUUAUCUGAGCAUAAAUGCCGUUAAUCAUUUCUAGACAGACUUUUAGGUGAAGAUUUAAGGAUGUGUCUUUAUUUUUGACUUUUUCUGCUUAAAAAAAAUUCCUUUCACUUUAUGGUUCCACCUGUGCUAAACUGUAAGCUGCGUUCAAAGUAACCAUCCAUACAUCAUAUUUUAUCCUUAGGAAGUAUUUAUGCUCAAGAGUUCAAAAUGGGGAAAAUGCUCUCAAAAAUCUUUGGCAACAAGGAGAUGAGAAUAUUAAUGCUUGGACUUGAUGCUGCUGGAAAGACAACAAUCCUUUACAAACUUAAACUUGGACAGUCGGUGACAACGAUCCCAACAGUGGGCUUCAACGUGGAGACGGUCACUUACAAAAACGUCAAGUUCAACGUCUGGGACGUAGGAGGUCAGGAUAAGAUCCGUCCCCUGUGGCGGCACUACUACACGGGGACCCAGGGCUUGAUUUUUGUGGUGGAUUGCGCGGACAGGGAUCGCAUCGACGAAGCGAGACAGGAGCUUCACCGCAUCAUCAAUGACCGAGAGAUGAGAGAUGCCAUGAUUUUGAUAUUCGCCAAUAAGCAAGACCUUCCGGAUGCCAUGAAGCCGCACGAAAUCCAAGAGAAGCUGGGAUUGACCCGGAUCAGAGAUAGGAAUUGGUAUGUUCAGCCCUCCUGCGCAACCACAGGUGAUGGACUAUACGAGGGUCUGACGUGGCUAACUUCAAAUUACAAGUCUUAAUGAUUGAUUGCUGACUGUUUUAGGUCAAAACUGCAAUGUUGCAAGUAACAAAUUAUUCUUCAAAAUGAGAAUGCUUAAGAAAAGUUGAUUAUCUCAAUUUAUUUUUAUUACGUUUAUCUUUUGACUAAUUUAUCUUUAACUGGGUUUGCCGGCUUAAAGUUUGCUUGUGUUCUUCAGGAGGCAUAUAUCACAUUCUUUAUUGCUUGGGCUUGUUUCAGAAGACAAAAAAGUGGAGUUAGCUGGUUUCUAAGGUCAAAGCCACAGAGAUCACCACCUUUGCCUGUUCUUUUGUUUUCUAUUUUAUAUCUUUCCUAAGGACAUUCUUGGACUUAACCUGUUUAAAAGUCCUUUUGACUCUUUUGGGUUGAACUUUGACAUUCGAUUCUUUAUUUGUCAUGUAGCCUACUUGAAGGACACAGUACUGUGAUUCAUAGUUUUCCUUCUCUGGUAUUAAAAAACUGGGGUAAAUGCAAGAAACAACAAAACAAAGCCCAUGUUUUACCUGGUCUGUCAGGUUAGAACAACACAUUUUUCUUACUCUUACAUGGGCUUUUCUAGGGAACUGAUUGACCCAUUUCAUGUCUCACUAUAAUGUGCAGAGUAUUAAACAAGCAGGCCAUCAGUAACAUCAGCUCUGACCUCUCAAAUCUGACACCACAGCUGAUUAGUCUCAGUAUUGGGACAUUAUAUGAUAGCUUUUAUCUGUAGCAUGACUACAUAAGUACAUUAACCCUACAUCCGACUCCAUCUGUUGGUUCAGUCAGGGCAGAGAGCUGUUAAGGAGUGAGGUGUUGGAACGGCAGCCUGAGGUGCAGCUCCUAUUCCUUAUCGACUGGGGGAACUAUGUACAGAACAAUGUCAUUGUAAUGUCUUAUUAAAAAAGUGAUUUUAAAUCUU